UAUAUCGGGUUCGGACAUGAUGCUGUUACGGCAUGAGAAAAGGGGUUCGUGCUUUGAGAUAUUCACGUGAUCUGGGGUUUUGUACACGGCGGGCUUCGCGUGCACUCCUGAAAUUCUGUCCUAACUCCAGAAGUCCGCAAACUGACAGGCUGUGCAGUAGGUGAUUUGUUCACGGCACACUUCCUGUUUUCAAGCCGUCGAUAUUACCUACUGGCGAUAGUGGUCUAGGACCUGUGCAGACCACGAUGAAGUCGCCUUCAAUCUCCGCCGUUCUCCUUCUCCUCCUGCUCCCGUUCUCCUACGCAUUGAAGUUCGAACUCGUUGCACAACACGGUCACAAUAACGAACGAUGUAUACGCAACUUUGUGACGAAAGAUACGCUUGUCGUGGUAACGGCCAUCGUCAGCGGCAGCAGAGGAGAUGGACAGAUGGUUAAUAUGCAUAUCAAAGAUGCCGUAGGCAACGAUUACGGCCGACCAAAAGACGUGGCGGGUGAGAAGAGAAUGGCGUUCACAAGUUUGGCGGACACUGCGUUCGAUGUGUGCUUUGAAAACACCUUGACUGGUCGAACGAACGUACAUAACCCUUCACGACACGUCGAACUCGAUAUCGAUAUCGGCGCCGAUGCGCGUGACUGGUCGGCGAUCCAGGCGAACGAGAAGCUGAAGCCGGUAGAGACGGAGCUUAGACGGAUGGAAGAGACGGUCAAUGAGAUUGUUCAGGAGUUGGAGUACCUCCGGCUUAGAGAGCAGAAGCUCCGCGAUACCAAUGAGAGCACAAAUGAGCGGGUGAAAUGGUUCGCACUGGGUACGAUGGGAAUGCUGGUCGGUCUGGGUGCGUGGCAGGUUGUGUAUCUGCGGGCAUACUUCAGGUCAAAGCAUCUGAUCUAGGCGGCAUUUUGGGAGGAGUGGUGAGCAGUAUUGAGGAUGCCGGACAACUGCAUCCUUAGGUCGCAGAAUAUAUGGCCUAAAGGGACACAUU